AUGAUGUUGCCAUCGACGAUCGAGCUGUCCUUGGUGACAGCAGCGGCUGUCGUUCUCGCUACUGCGUCCUUCAGCUCAGCAACUGCCCUGCCCCGCUCCCACUUCCAGGCACGCCAGUCGACUGAUGCCCUCCCCACUCCCGGCAUGGGCUUCAACACGUACAACCAGGUCUCAUGUUCCCCCACCGUGGCCGCGUCGCACACUACCAUGGACAUCAUGCAGUCGCAAGGCUACCUUGCUGCGGGCUACAACUUCUUCCAGGUCGACUGCGGCUGGGUGUCUAGGACCACGGCGCGUGAUGCAUCCGGCAAUCUCAUGGUCAACACCGACGCGUUCCCCUCGGGGAUGAAGAGCCUUGGCUCGUACGCGACGUCUAAAGGUCUCGACUUUGGUCUGUACUCGGACGCGGGCUAUCGAGCCUGUGACCCGCAGUCCCCCAGUCCUGUUCUCGGCAGUCUGGGACAUGAAGCGCAGGAUGCAGCGCUGCUGAAGAGCUUCAACGUGUCCUAUCUCAAGUACGACAACUGCUACGCAGACGGGACCUCGGCAGCUGACAACGCACCCAAGAACGCACGCACCGACUUCCCCACGCGCUUCGGUGCCAUGACCAAAGCCCUUUCCAACGUGGGCAUCCACAAGCUGCUCAUCUGCCAGUGGGGGGUUGCACAAACGCAGUCGGACGGCAGCCUCGUCGGUCCCGCCCAGUGGACUUCGGGCCUCAGCACGUCCUACCGUCUCUCGGACGACAUCGCCGAGGGUUGGAUCAAUGUCGAGCGCAUCCUCAACCAGGCCAUCCCGAUCUCGCUCAACGGCCGCAGUGGGCCCGGACAUUUCGCUGACGGCGAUCUGCUCGAAGUGGGCAAUGCAGGCAUGUCGAUCGACGAGCAGGCCACGCAUUUCGCCUUCUGGGCCAUGGUCAAGAGUCCGCUGGUGAUCUCGACGGAUCUCUCGAGCAUCUCGUCCGAGGCAAAGGCCAUCCUGCUCAACAAGGGUUUGAUCGCCGUCAACCAGGAUGAGCUGGGCGAGCCGGUCAAGCUGGUUGAGCGGAGGACGGGCGACUUUGACCUUCACGCGGGCAAGCUUGGUAAUGGCGACAUGGCCGUGCUCGCGUUCGACUGGACGGAUACGCAGAGGACCAUCACUGUCGACUUUGCUGAGCUGGGCAUCGAUUCAGCCGACGUGCUCGACCUCUGGACGGACACGACUGAAACAGGCGCGAGCUUGUUUAGCAAGCAGGUCAACGCCCACGGCUCGAUCGCUUUGCGUCUUAGCAACAUCCAGUACGCCACCGCUGCUGCUCCGACGCUGACCUACAUCGAAGCCGAGUCGGGCACACUCGCAGGUUCGGCAGCCAAGGCUUCGUGCUCUGGCUGCUCGAACGGCAGCAAAGUGGGCUUCAUCGGCAACGGUGCGUCCAACUCGCUGACACUCAACGGCAUCCAGGCGAGCGCCGAGCAAGCAGUGCUCUACUUUGACUACAUCAACGCAGACGUGGGUUUCUCGUUUGUGGGUGCGACCAACCAACGCGCUGCGCAGAUCAGCGUCAACGGAGGCAGCCCGCAGAACGUCAGCUUCCCGCUGUCCGGCUACGACUGGGACAAAGACGUGACCAAAAGCUACAAGGUCCGGCUGACAGGGUUCAAGAGUGAUGCGACCAACUCGAUCACCAUCACCAACUCUGGCGCCGGCUUGUAUGCUCCGGACUUGGACCGCGUCGGGUAUGUCGCUUGA